AUGUUUUUCAUACACUUCCUCGAACACGUCCUGACGCUGCAUCCGUCCUUCUUCGGCUCGCAUGUCAAGGAAUACCUGACCCAGAAGCUCCUAGAUGAUGUGGAGGGAGUGUGUACGGGCGACUACUACAUCGUCUGCGUGAUGGACAUGUACGAUAUCUCAGAAGGAAAGAUUAUACCUGGCAGCGGACUGGCGGAGUACACCAUCAUCUACCGCGCCAUUGUCUGGAAGCCCUUCAAGGGAGAGACGGUGGAUGCGAUUGUCACCUCUGUGAAGAACCAGGGCAUCUUUGCUGAGGUUGGCCCGUUGACAGUCUUCGUCUCUAAACAUUUAAUACCGCCGGAGAUCAAGUGGGAUCCAGACGCGACUCCUCCACAGUAUACAGAUAAUGCAGAUCAGGUCAUUGAGAAGGGAACAAACCUGCGCAUCAAGCUGAUUGGACUGCGAAAUGAUGUGCGCAACAUGUUUGCAAUUGGCAGCAUCAGGGAAGAUUAUCUUGGGUUUGUUACUCUGUGUCAGGAGUUUGAAGUCCAGUUUACUGACAAUACACGCAACCAGAACCCUGUAAUUCUUUUUGACUACACUGUCGCAUGGAAACAUCUAUCAAUAUUGUGGACAUGCACAAACCAGCAUGUUUACACCAGCUGA